AUGCCGGAAAUUACGACUAAUGGAGACCAUGAGAAGAUCAAUGGUGAGCAUCAGGAGCAAGAAGAGGAAAUAGAUCCUCAUUUCGAGCCAAUUAUUUCUUUGCCACUGAUUGAUGUGUCGAGCAACGAGGAGGAUGAAGUUGAGAUGCUUAAAUUACGUGCUAAGCUGUACCGUUAUGACUCAUCAAAUGAUCCACCAGAAUGGAAAGAAAGAGGUACCGGUGAUGUUAAAUUACUAAGACACAAAACCAAACAUACAGUACGAGUGGUAAUGCGACGAGAUAAAACGCUGAAAAUAUGCGCAAAUCAUUUUAUUACCCCUUGGAUGGAAUUGAAACCUAAUUGCGGUAGCGAUCGUGCCUGGGUUUGGAGUGUGUUAGCUGACUACGCUGAUGAAUUACUCAAGCCGGAAUUACUUGCCAUCAGAUUUGCUAAUGCCGAAAACGCUUCUCUUUGGAAAGAAACAUUUGAAAAAGCAAAAAAAAUAGUCGGCACUGAAUGCGAGAUCUACGCAGGAAAAAACAAUCCUGACGCUGAAGUUGACAGCGACAGUGAUUCGAGUUACAACGAAACGGAUGAGAGUGAUGCUGAGGAUAAAGCACCAGAGAAUCCAGAAAAAGAGAGCAAUGAAAAGGAAGCGACAAAUACAAAUAAAACAGACUCGAGUACUGAUCAAGUGACUGAACAACUCACAAAUCUUGAUGUCAAAGAUACUAAAGAGGAAUAG